ACCCGCGGACGAGGUUGGCGACGCCUCGCCGCCGAGUGGCCGUCUCGUCUCAAAGAAGACGGUGCCUCGUCCACUCUUCCUUUCCUGUAUGACUGGUACAGGCGAACAUUCACUCGCCCCGCACUGUGCCAUCCUAGUUACUCCGCGCAAGCACUCUCCGAUCCGUGCCUUCAAUUCAUGGCGAGCUUUGACUUGGCAGGACAUUCUGCUGCUUUCACUGCCGGUGAUGCUUUAAGUUGGGAUCUAAAGCAGGUAGAUUUGAGUUAUCGGAUACAAUGUUCCGAUGUGGUCCAAAUCCAAUUUACUUUACGCACAUAAUAGCUUUACCAACUCAGAUAUAAGCCACCCUCUCCUUCUUCCCUAUCCUCUCUCUCUCUCUCUCUACUUAUUCCCCCCUCCCCGCCCUUCAUUCCUUGCUCGCUCGCUCUCCUCCCGUUUGGCGCUUCAAUGGCCACCGCCACGGCAGCUCUAUUCUACUUCAUCUUGCUGCUGGUCUUGCCGUUCUCUGCUCGGCACCACGUGGCGGCCUCUGAAGCCUCCGCCAGCGAGAGCGCCCCAAACCCCUUCACGGCCAGGGCGGCCGUGAUCCGGUACUGGAACCGCAAGGUUCCCAAGAGCCGGCCACAGCCAGCCUUCCUCCUCGCCAAGCUUUCCCCGCUCUCUGCCGUUGACUCUGCCACCUUCUCCUCCCUCGCCGCUGCUGACCCGUCCGCACUUUCCACGCGCCUCCCCGCACUCUGCGCCGCCGCUCGGCUCCUCUGCUCCCCCGCCCAAGCCAACACCUACUCUGCCGCCGCCCGCAAGGACGACUCCUCCGCCUUCGCCUCCUACCAGAACUCCAACUUCUCCGACUACGGUACCGGCGCCUCCGGCGGGCGCAGCGCCUUCAAGCACUACUCCGACGACCUCAACGUUCCCGUCGACACCUUCCGACGCUACAGCCGCGACUCCACCGGCCACAACGAUUCCUUCGCCUCCUACGCCCCCGAUGGGAACGUCGUCACCGCAAACUUCACCAGCUACGGCUCCUCCGCCACCGGCGGCGCCGGCGACUUCGCCUCCUACGACCAUGAGUCCAACGUGCCUGACCUCAAGUUCACCAACUACGACGCGGACGCCACCGGUCGCCGUCGGUCAUUCUCCAGCUACUCCGACGACACCAACGCCGGGGACCAGUCCUUCGCCGGAUACGGCAAGGACGGCGACCGCGUGCCCACCUCCUUCACCAGCUACGCCAACAACUCCAACGUCAUCGGCUCCUCCUUCGCCGGCUACGGCGAGGGUGCCAAAGGCGCCAACGACUCCUUCGCGUCCUAUGGGUUCAACGGCAACGUGCCUGAGAACAACUUCCGGUCCUACGGCGCCGGCGGCAACUCUGGGUCGGAGCGGUUCAGCAGCUACCGCGACCAGUCGAACGUGGGCGACGACAGCUUCGCCUCGUACGCCAAGGGAGGCGGCGCCGCUACCGCCGACUUCGUCAACUACGGCGACUCCUUCAACCCGGGCAGCGACUCCUUCAAGGGCUACGGGGAGGGCUCGGCCAAGCACAGGGUCACGUUCAAGAGCUAUGCCGGCGACAACACCUCCUUCAAGGGCUACGCCAAAUCCGACGUCGACUUCAAGUCCUACCGCAACUCCUCCGUCGACCCCUCGUCCUCCUCCGCGCGCGCCGCCGCCACCGCCACCGCCACCGCCUCCCUCCUCUCCCUUCGGCGGGCGGCCGGGAAGCCAUCCAACCGGUGGCUGGUGGAGCCGGGCAAGUUCUUCCGCGAGCAGGACCUGCGGCGGGGAAGCGUGAUGCCGAUGCCGGACAUCCGGGACAAGAUGCCGCCGCGGUCCUUCCUCCCGCGGUCGAUCGCGGGGCGGAUCCCGUUCUCCCCCGCCGAGGUUCGACAGAUCCUCGGGAUCCCGGCGGACACGGCGCUAGGGAAGGCGGUGGGCGACACGGUGGCGGAGUGCGAGCGCGCGCCCAGCCGCGGCGAGACGAAACGGUGCGCCACCUCGGCGGAGGACGUGAUCGACUUCGCGGUGUCGGUGCUGGGGAGCGACGUGGUGGUGCGGAGCACGGCCACCACGGCGGGCUCCAACGCCGACGUCCUCAUCGGGCGAGUGAGCGGUGCGAACGGCGGUAAGGUCACCCGCUCCGUGUCCUGCCACCAGAGCCUCUUCCCCUACCUCGUGUACUACUGCCACUCGGUACCCAAGGUGCGGGUGUACGAGGCAGACAUCCUAGCCGUCCACUCCAAGCAGAAGAUCAACCACGGCGUCGCCAUCUGUCACCUCGACACGUCGGCCUGGAGCCCCACCCACGGUGCCUUCGUGGCGCUGGGCUCCGCGCCAGGGAAGAUCGAGGUCUGCCAUUGGAUCUUCGAGGGGGACAUGACGUGGACGGUCGCCGAUUGAUCCCUCUCGGUCGAGUCGCAGACUCUCUCCCCCCCCACCCUCCACCCCGCCGCCCCGUCUCUCUCUCUCUCUCUCUCUCUCUCUAUAUUAAAUAUAAUAUUUCUCUGCUCCUCACUGUAAAGCCGGGGAAGAAGGAAAAUAACGAGAGACCACAGAAAGAUUUGCCGAAUUCCUCGUCACAAUGUGGGAUUCUGCGAGCGAUUUCGGUUCAAACUUGGGGUGGUGUGGAUGAAGCAGCUUUUGCUCAUGGAGAAAGCCCAGUGAUUUAGCAGUUCAUGUGUAAUGCAUGGAAGGUAAGAUGCCAUAGUUGUAGAACAGGAACCUGUGUCCUCCGGCGACUCGCCUUGAGGGGAUGGACGUGUGUUGUCCUCGACGAUCCUGGGCGAAUGAGGAGUCGCAUUAUCUUGUCAGAUUCAAGUGAGGCUCUUAGGUCACGCUAUUAGCUCGGCGGCGAAGAAGAUUAGAACGCGGCAACGACUCUGUUCUUCGCAGCCGGAUCAACGCAAAAGCCUGCAGAUGUCGAAUGGACAUUGCUGCAAAAUGGCACUUUGUUCUUUUCAUGCAGGAAAAGAAAAGAUCUCUCGCUGCGCUUUAGCUCAGCUUUAACAGUUCAACUUUGAUCUGAUCUCUUCUUUCUCCGUC